GUGAUAGCAAAUUCCACAUGGCAUCAGGCAGCAGCGGUGGCCGCAGUAGCAGACUCUUCGGUCUCCUGAUCAGUCGCUGUGCGGGUGGUAGAUGGUCUCUGACUGUCGAAUGCGAAGGUACCACCCGGCGGAUGUCGUAGGCGGGGCCAGAAUGUGUGCAUGUUGCAUGCACACGUGUUCCCUCGCCAGAGUCUGUGUG